GAUACAUGUGUACACACGUGCAAAACAAGCACCAGAAUGACUCUUGAACCUUGGUCUCGGGGCCGGAGAGCUUUGUGCCGAUACUAGAAAACUGAAUUUGAACAAGUGCUUCUAACAUAACUGAAAGACAGACGGACACCAGGAGGAGGCCCCGAGGCAUAGAAAUGAUGAAAGUAGUGGAGAGUAACAUUGGCGAUACGAUUUGGGACGAGAAAGAAUUCAGCAGGUUGUGAGAUCAGGCCACCUGUUGCCGCCCCUCCACAAUAAACUGAAAGCAAGAAUCCGCGAGAGCGGUACAUAAUUUCCGGGCGCGUGGCGGCGAAGCGAGUCCCAGGAGCCAUGGCGGUGCUGUGCGAGCGGCCUCCGGAGCUGCUCACUCCGCCCAACGUCAUCAUCACACGCAACAAGAACAACAACAACAGCCUCAACAACAACGGUCACAGCAUGAGAGUCAGGCUGGUCGAGGUAGGUGACGCUGAAGGCCAAGGGAACGAGCCAUCCACGCCAGCUGGCCGAGGUUGGGUCGUGCGGCGAUGCACGCGGGCCUGGUCAGUGUGAGCGACGGCAAGUCUAAGCCCCAGCCCGUGAAGCUCAUCCUCACCUCGGACUCCCUGGUGCUGCAGCGGGAGCAGCUCGUCAUCAGCACCAAGAACGUCGACAACAACUGUCCGGAUGCCAGGAUCCGGCGGGUGAAGGUGAUCCGGCAGCGGUCGUCGGGACUUGGGCUGAGCAUCAAGGGAGGCGCUGAACACAAGCUUCCAAUUCUCAUCUCUCGCAUCUUCAAGGACCAGGCGGCGGAUCUCACAGGGAAGCUCUUCGUGGGUGACGCUAUUCUGAAGGUCAACAACCGGUCCUUGCUGCGGUGCACCCACGAUGAGGCAGUGGGCGAGCUGAGGCAGGCGGGAGACGAGAUCAUCCUGACCGUCAGACACUACAAGGCAGCCACACCCUUCCUCAACAAGACCGACGACAAUGUGAGCUCCACCUCAGAAAGAAGCAGUGCCCAGCUAAGGCCAGAAGACGGAUGGCACUCCCCCUCCAACCCUACCUCUCCCACCACACCCACAGGGAAGAUCACUAAUCACAAGCUUUCAAACAGUGAUCAGACAGACUGUUCUACCACGGACUCAACCACAACUGCCUCUAUCAGGAGCACAACAAAUAAUCUAAAUAAGGUCAAUAACCGUGUGAAUGAUGUCAUAUCCAAUGACAUCUCCACCACUACCUCUACCACUGCUGCCACAGCCACCUCCACCUCCUCUUCCACUACUGACAACACCCCCAAUGGACCCAAGGUGGAGAAGCAGUGGGUGGAUAUUGUCACAGUGCCCCUCAUGAUGGCAUACAUCACACGGUACAUCUUUGGGACAGACAAGCUACGACCUCAAGCAUUUGAGGUGCGAGGCAUUAAUGGCAUCAGCACUGGAGUGGUUCAUUGCCAAGAUGCAGCAAUGCUUUCUCAGUGGAUCAAGCACAUCACCAACAACAUUAUUGGACUCACCAACCUGCAGAUGAAGUUGUACAACUCAAGUUUCCCUGCAUCUGAACAUGUGUUGUACAUGGGAUGGGUGUGUGAGGGUGUUCUCAAUCACAACUUGCCAUGGCAAAACUGGAAGCCCAAGUUUAUUGCACUGAAAGGAACCGACAUCUAUAUGUUUGACACCCCACCUCUCAACACGCAUGACUGGGUGGAGCGAGCAUCAGUGUGGGCUGUCCAUCAGACCAUGUUCAGAGUGAUUAAGGAAUCUGAGUAUGUGGAUGAGAGGCAACAUUGCUUCCUGUUGCAAACAGCCAUGCAAGAAUCCCGUUACCUAAGUGUGGAGACACGCCAGGAUCUGCUCAGGAUUGAAAAUGCCUGGCAUCGAGCUGUUUAUAAUGCAGUCACCAGACUUGGGAGCAAGACCUUUGCAGUGACACAAGGUGGGAGGUCUUCAGGAUUGACCCUAGACUGGUCUGGGGGAUUUGCUCUUUAUGACACUGAAACUCGAGAAUACCAUUGGCGUUACAAGUUCUCUCAGCUGAAGGGCUCUUCUGAUGACGGGAAAACUAAGCUCAAACUUCACUUCCAGAAUGAAAGCAAAGAAAUUGAGACUAAGGAGCUGGAAUGUGCCACCAACCUCCAGAACUUGCUUUUCUGCAUGCACGCCUUCCUCACAGCUAAAGUGGCAGCUGUUGAUCCCUCCUUCCUACGAGCCCCUCCCAAGACUCCCACGUAGUCAUGUCCCAGAGGUAAAAAUGAGAAAAAGACCUGUGAAGGACAGUAAGGCAGUGUUACUUCUGCUCAACCACACCAACUUUUAAGUUAAGGAACUAGUACUUCAAUUCUGUAUUACUAAAGGUGUAUAUAAAAAUUAACCAGUUUCCCAACCUCCAAACAUCUACCUACUUUCCUCCUUUUGAAGUGAGGUACUGAUCAAAGCUGAAUAGCAGUGAUUAAUUAUAUACCUAAAGUUUAUACCAUAGGUAUUUUGCUUCAUUCUCUGGGAGUUACCACAAACUAUUAAAAUCACUGAAAUGUUUCUGGGUUUUUUGGCCAACCACAAAAAUGUACUUCCAAGUUUUCCUGUAUCAGUAGUCCUUCAUGAUGGUUGUGUAGGCAUCUAACUAACAUGAAGUGCAUUCCAAUCUCUGGCUCCAGGAGCAGUUUAAGCUAACUAUAACAUGAAACUGUUGUUAGAUUUCUUUUUAGCUCUCCUUUUCUCAUGAAACAUUUGGUGAAUGUAAUUAAUGAUGUUUGUAAUUUGAACUGAAGUUGAAGGAUGGCAGUAUUGUUAAUGUAAAUAUCUGAGAUUUCCUGCCCUCCUUCCACAAACAGGACAUAAUUCCCUCUACUUUUAAUCUUUACUAUUCAAGUUUGCUGGACAAGUACAAGACUAAUGCAGGACAACUGAGUUGUCAUAAUUUCAUUGAACACUUGAAUAUUGCAUUUUGGGAAGGAAAUCUUAAGCCCUACCAUUUUAAGAAAUUAAUAUGAAUCCCCUUGAGUCUUAUUUGGUUAACACAAUAAUCAACAUUUUAACUUCAUUACCUAGAUAGCAUAGAAGUUAGCAUGUAAAUUCCUAGAUCUCAGUUUAUGUCUGGAUUGAGCCAGAUGGUCUUGUUACUAGAUGAAGAAGACAAACAACAGUGACAUUAUCAUACUUAGCCUUACCCAUUUAUUAUAAAACCAUUACCUAUAUAAUGUCAACAUCUUUGUUUCUUAUAUAAGUAAAUAUAUGUACUGGUUUUAUGAAAACUGAGUAAGGGCAGUUAUGAAACUGUCAGUCACAGUUCUUUGUCCAGUGCUAAUAAGGCUCAGUGCCAAAAUGACUUUCCAGUAGACUUAAAACAACUCACGUCUUACACCCCAGCUAGAGUUAUGGAAGUGUGGCUUUCCCACAAGCUGACAACCAGCAGCGACUUGAAAAUCCAAGAACUGAAUUAUGAAUUAUAUUCCCUCCCAAUACAAUGCCCUGCUCAAUGGAAAAGGAGACAAAGUACAGCUUAGCCAUACACAUACACAAUACUCUUACUUACAUCUGGAUAGAAGAUAAUUUAUAAAAUUAACAUGUUUAGCACAUAACAACAGAUGGUCUGUCUGUCAUCUAAUAGAAUCAGCAAUAUUAAAGAUGAUUAUAUAAUGGGUGCAAUACAUAUUUAUAAUUUCAUAGAAAACUAUGCUGUAUGGAGACAAAUCUUGGAAUGCACUCAUUUUGUAAUAAAAAUUGUGAUGUUCAGGAGUUGUUAAUAUAGCUACACUUGUAAAUAUAUUACCAUAACCGUAUCUUGCAUGAUUCACUUGUGAAGGUGCAGUACUAAACCUCACUUCUGUUUGUUGUGGCAGCUUCACUCGUGUGUGGCCACUCUCAACAUAACUGUAUACAUGUAGUAUAUGUAUUCAUUUGUAAAGACAAAACUUAGCUCUGGUCCUGAUGGCAUGUUCACCAACACUACUCAUCAUGUAUUCAUACACUGUUCAGUUAUUAACUGUCAACUUGUCAUAAUGCUUGUCAUCAUGUCAUCGGUCACCCUCAAGGUCUUAAGAUAAGAAAUAUUCAGAUGUCUAAUUUUCAGUAAUAUUUUUUUUUUCAAAUAUAUGUUAUACAAUAAAAUAUAUAUAUACACACACAUACAUACAUAUAUAUAUAUACACACACAUAUAUAUAUAUAUAUAUUUUUAGGUCUGUGUAAUUUACAUAUGCUGUGUUGUGUACCCUCCUGGUGGGGGUUUGAAAGCAUUGCCAACAUGAUGUUAUUGUUCCCAUUUAUUGGUGAUACUGUGAAUGAGCAGGUUUACUGCACGCACAUUUAUAGGAAUAGCAGUUUGGAAUGGUUGUGUUAUUUGCUUGGGAUGAAAAUUUUUGAUAAAAUGGUAACAGGCUGAAAUUAAUUUGUAUUCAAUAAUGUGUACAAGACCAUAAAAACUUGCUUUGAAAUAAUAGUUGUGCUUUGAAGUGAUGUGAAUACUCAUUGAGGAUCAUUGUCUUGUGUAUGAGAGUUGUAGGCGGUGCAGUCUUCUGCUGUCAUAAAGUGCAUACCAUGUUUGACUGAGCAGUAUGUAUGAAAUGUGCAUUUUAGAAACUUGCAAUUUUUUUUUUCAUAGGAAAUAUUGUGAUUCUUCUGAUUUGUAGCAACACUUGUGUAACAAAAGAAUUGUUGAUAUCAGAGAUAAUUAUAUAACAUGAACGAAAGAUUGUGGAUGCUUACACCAUUUAAUCAAACCCACAUAUGCAUGUCUUUCAUGUGGCAUCACACCUGUAAAAUGCAAGACUGUCAAAAGAAUACUGAAAAAUUAAAAAUAUUAUGGAAUUUUGCAA